AUGCACUUGGCUGAAGAUAAUCCAGAACCAAUUUUUGAUAUUUCUAACAGCGAGUGCAGUGAGAUUCCUUCCAAUGUGUAUUCCUUAUGUAAAGUUCUGAACAAAGAAAUUCUUUUGGUUCACACUAACUGGCUUACUUCUCUGAAGGCCUCAGAUUGUAACACUGGUGAUUUAGCAACUAUCAGAGUAUUAGAUGCUCAUAAUAAUUCCAUAAAAAGUCUUCCUGAAGACAUAAAUAAAAUUCAUUGUCUGCAGGUUUUAAAUCUAGAAGAAAAUAAACUGAAAAAGAUUCCAGAAUCCAUAGGAAAACUUAAAUAUCUCCAGUCAUUAAAUUUGAGAGGAAAUAAAUUGAAAGAACUGCCUGUUAGUAUUUGUGACUUGCCAUCACUAAGAACAUUGGACAUUUCCCAUAACCAAAUAAAAAGCCUUCCAAAGGGAAUGUGGCAUGUGCGUACAUUGGAGAACUUAAUAAUUGAUGCAGAAGAAAUGAUUUAUCCUCCUGCGGAAAUAUGUACCAAAGGUACAGAAGCAGUCAUGAAGUUUCUUUGUGAAGAGGCUGGAGAAGAAUACCUGCCAGCUUCCCAGUUUGUCCUCCAGGUCCUUGAAUCUUCAGAUGCAAAAUCAGUUCUCUCUUCUACAUUCAGUGAUAAUUCACUUAAAAUGUUAGCGGAAGAUGCUAAGAUUAUGCAAAACAUUGAGAAAUAUACAGAUUUACAGGCAAAGAAGCGUCAAGAAAGAAUGCUUUUCAGUCAACAGUAUGAAGAGGAUGAAAAGGAACAUGCAAAGUUAGCUGCCACUGCUCAUCGAGAAAAGGAUCACUUGGUGUCUGUGAUAGCUUAUGAUCAAAUGAAACUGAAUCAAGAACUACAAGAAUUAACAAGCAAAAAGGAACUUGACCGUCAAAAUCUUGUGCUUAGCUUGAAAGAGAUUGAAGAUGGCGCUUCCAAGUUGCUUGAUAAUUUGAUUGAAAUGAAUGUUAAGGCACAAAAACAGGAGGAACUGAUGGAAGCCAUUGAGAGGGAACGAAAUGAACAAGAUCAGUAUUAUGUAGUGAAAUAUGAAGAGAUUGCUAAUCUUCGACGCAAGGAAGUUUUAGAUCGUAUGGAAGAAAUUCUCAAUAGUUCAGCUUAUUUAGAGCAUUGCCGACUUAAACAUGAUGCUGAAAAGAAAUAUGCUGCCAAACAUGCACUUCAGAAAGAACUUAACACAAGUUCUGAGGUGGAUACCUUUAUUAAGUUAAAGACAGCAGAACAGAAUGAAAUGGUAGGCAUCCUUACGCAACAGGAAGAACUUCAGAAAGCAGCAUUUGAAGCCUUGCUAAUGCAGAAAGAUUCUCGACAUAGUCGAGUAACUAACCAAAUCAACCUCAUUGAAAAAGAGUUAGCUCAGUUGACAGUUGUGGAGAUGGAAAGGAAAGAACUGAAGGUUGAAAUGGAGAUGAAUUUAGUUGCUGAAAAGCGUAUUGCCCUGACUGAAAUGUUGGUUCAGUUAAUAGCAGAAAGAGACAAACGGGAAGACCAACUGAAAAAAAGACUUGUUGAGAUGGAAGAACAGCGCUUACAAGACCAAACAGAUUAUUGGCUUGUCCAAUACCAACGACUUAUGGAUAGAAAACCACAAGCUCUUGUGGAUCAAGAAUAUUUACUUGAAAUUCCUGUUCUGAAGAUUUUAGAACAGGCUGAAGCGAGAGAUUAUGUUCCAUUAUUUGCUCGGCAUCGGAUUUCUCUGGAAGUUUUGUGUAAUAUGACAGAAGCUGAUUUGAGACAGAUGGGCGUUCAUGAAAUAGGCCUGUGUAAAGCAAUCAAAUUGCGCCUGGACAAGUACAUGUCAAAGAAGGUUGUGCUUGAGGAAGAAGAACCAAUGGUGUGUCAAGGUGCCGUAGUAAGUCCUGAACCUUCAGCUCCAUACCCAGAGUCUGAAGAAGCUGAAGAACCUUCAACAUCACCAAUUAAAGCACGAGGACUUCACUCUGAAUGUUCCAUUUGUCUAGACAAACCGUCUGACAUCAUUUUCUUGAAUUGUGGCCAUGUUUGCUGUUGCUAUGAAUGUGAAAAUCCAGCUCCAGAACCCAAGCUGAUUGAGUUAUUUUUUGUGGAAGAGAAAUUAAGAAGACCUCUACUACGCAAGCUGCUGUUGGCAGCACUACAAGGGAUCAUCGUCACAUUUCUUUUAUGUUCUGUAUGGUGUAUCUUUUGUUAUGGAAUCAUUGUGGAUUUGUCUAAAAGAAAAAGAAUGGUGUCUGUGAUACUUUGA